AUGAGACAACUUCUAAGAUAAACGAAGACCAUGGCUAAAUAAAAUGAAGCUUGUUUUUUGUUUUUUACAUAUAUAAUUAAUAUAAUCCGAAAGAAAAAGACGAAGAAGCCAGAGAAGAAAAAUGAGAGGCUGUGGUGUGUGGUGUGUGGUGUGGGUUUAAUUAUAUUCACAAAUUAAUAUUUGAAUAAUAAUUCGGACUUUAUCCGUAUUUAUAUUUUGUGGUUUUGCCCUUUCUAUUAGAUUUCCCAUUUUGUCCUCUUCUGUAAUAAUACAGUUAUUAUUUCAAAAUUGCCUUCCCUGACUGACAUGGUUGUUCUUUCUCAUAAACCUUUCCACUCUUUUCAUUUCAUCUCUAACAGUUUCCCGCCAGAUUUUGAAUUUGUUAUUAAUGGAGAGAUUUUAUAGUUAUUCUGAUCAGCGUGACGACGAUAGCAAUAGCAAUCCGAGUACUUCGCAAGUUGAUUUCAACGACGUGUUUGGGGGACCACCGCGGCGGUCAUCGGGGUUCAGUGGAGAAGAAGGUGAACCGGGUUGGUGUAGGUGGCCGGUGGAGAGUGAGAGAGAGAAACCGGUGUUCGGUGAUGAUAGUGGAGUUAGAAGACGUUACACAAACAACAAAAAAGCUAAAGAUUUUUUUGAUGAUAUAUUUGGAGGAGAAGAAUCUCAGUCUCAGAGUCCGAGCGGGUGUUCAACGCCAAAGAAACGCGACGGUGAUGGUUUCAGCCCCGCUCUUCAACCACUUGCGUCUUCUCUGCCUCCAUCCUUCAGCCUUCCUGCCACAUCGACUAGAGCGGCGGACCUUCGAAUAUUUGGUUCACCUCCUAGUAGUAGAAAUCCGCUCGACGACAAUGAUAUCGGUCCUUCAAAUGGAUUAGCUUUCUCAGAUUCUCAUCUAUCUCGAUUUUCGGCUCAACAUAAGGAGCUGCGAGAGGAUUUGAAACCGUCUAACAGGCAGAGUCUGCUAUCGAAGGAGUUUUCAAACUUGGGCGUAUCUGAUGAAGUAAACAAAGGAAACAAUUUGAAACAGGACACAUCGGUUAAUGAUGUUUCUCCUGAUAAUAAUGAUAAUACCAGCAAUGAUAAGUUUCAUUUUUCAAUAUAUAAAUGGGCGAGUAAAGGGGUGACUUUGGCGACGCCUCUUAGGACGGAGAGAAACUCAAGGACAAAAAAUAAGUUUAAACUCGAGAAAUGCUCGAGGGCUGAGGACUGGAUCGUCACUGAGAUUACCACUCAAAAUGAUAGUCCCGCAAUAUACAAUGAAUCUUCUUUGGCUAGAAAUGAAAAACCAGAUGUGUCGAAAGCUACAUCCGCUUCCAUUCAAAACAAGGUAGAUUCAGACCAGACUGGAAAACAUAUAGUUUCGGCAAAAGCUUCAAUUGAUUCAGUGAGCAGCCGUCAAACACUGUUCAAAGAUGUUCUUGUCAGUUCUAUCACAAAAGAGUCCAAAGCAGAAUCAAAUUCUCGCUCUACAGGUGAGAUAGUUUUCUAUGGAAAAACCGAAGCAGCAAAUGAAACUCAGAAACAUGAGUCCAAAUCAUUACAUUCUCUGUUCGGUAAAAGUAAUAAGAAACAAGUUUAUAUGUCAGAUGGUGAUGAGAUAACUAGAAAGGCAAGAGAUGAAAAGACGGCGAAAAGCUCAAAGAAGUUGUCUUCUAAUCUUGAUAUUCCUAUCAAUCCAAAAAAGCAAGUUUUGUCAGAUUAUGACGAGAUAACUAGAAAUGAAAGAGAAGGAAACACGGCGAAAAGCUCAAAGAACCUGUCUUCUAAUUUUGAUAUUCCUAUGAAUCCAAAGAAGCAAGAUGAAAAGCGAAAGACGUUUCCCAUUAGAGGUGUAGAAUAUACCAAAGCUACUUCUCAGGCUUUGUUAAGCCCGGGCAGAAGUAUGGGGAAAGGCCGAGUUAAAGGAAAGGUCAAAGACUUCGUUCAAAUAUUCAACCAAGAAGCCGAAACAAAACCCAAAGCCGGCUCAAAAUCUCGACUUCAGGGUUAUGCAUACAAGCAGAAAGGAGCUGUAAGGGCAAAUAAUGAUGUGGACGGUGAAGCUGAACAGUCCCGGACGGAGAUCUCUAACAUAGAGAUCACGGAUGUGCCUGCCAAUAGUUUUUCACAGCAGGAUGAUAUCUCAGCAUCAGCAGAAAUUCAUGACAUUUCAUUUGCGGAAGAUAUAGGAGAUAAAGACGAGUCCUUCCAUGAGAAUUUCACGAUACAUGUAUUAUCCCAAAAUGAGGAUGAGGUCUCACAGAACCAAGAAAUUCAAGAAAUCCAAGUUAUUGACAAGAAGAUACAACAAUGGUCUAAAGGGAAGGAAGGAAACAUACGCUCGCUGCUGUCAACAUUACAAUACGUUCUUUGGCCAAACUGUGGCUGGAAGCCUGUGCCUCUCGUCGAUAUAAUUGAAGGGAAUGCGGUGAAAAGGUCUUAUCAGAGAGCUUUACUCAGUCUGCAUCCGGAUAAGUUGCAGCAAAAGGGUGCGACUUCAGACCAAAAAUACAUCGCAGAAAAAGUUUUUGAUAUUUUACAGGAGGCAUGGACUCAAUUCAACAUGGUUGGUCAACUCUAAUAUGCCUGUCAAUACUCAAUACCAACAUGAGAAACUAUCUUCUACAGUCUGUCUACAAGGGUAUAUGUGUUGUACUUAUUGGAACUGUAAGUGUUCUUCAUAUUUCUGUAAUUGAAUUGUAAAAAAAUAUAAAUGAAUUACUCCUCUGGUAUGUAUACAAAUUAUAAAAUAUUAGUCAUUUUUUUUCUUACA